CCCUUAGGGGGCGGAGCUUGCGGGAAGCGCGCAUGCUCCCAGAGGGAUGUGUCGGUACCAGCUCGGGCGAAGGGCAAGACGGUGGCCGAGAAGGCUCCGAGAGGCGGACGGUGGCCGAGAAGGACCGGCAUGGAGCACCUGGAGCGCUGUGCGUGGUUUCUCCGCGGGACGCUCGUGAGGGCGGCGGUGCGGCGCCACCUGCCCUGGGUGCUCGUGGCCGCCAUGCUGGUGGGCUCGGCCCUCAAGGAGCUGUCCCCGCUGCCCGAAAGCUACCUCAGCAACAAGCGCAACGUCCUCAACGUGUAUUUUGUUAAAUUGGCCUGGGCCUGGACAGUCUGUCUCCUCCUGCCUUUCAUUGCCCUCACCAACUACCACCUGACGGGCAAGACCAGCCUGGUCCUGCGGCGGCUGAGCACCCUCCUCGUGGGCACGGCCAUCUGGUAUAUGUGCACAGCCCUCUUCUCCAACAUUGAGCACUACACAGGCAGUUGCUACCAGUCCCCGGCCCUGGAGGGCAUCAGACAGGAACACCGGACCAAGCAGCAGUGCCACCGGGAAGGGGGCUUCUGGUACGGCUUUGACAUCUCAGGCCACUCCUUCCUACUGACCUUCUGCGCGCUCAUGAUCGUGGAGGAGAUGGCCGUGCUGCACGAGGUGAAGACAGAUCGCAGCCACCACCUCCAUGUUGCCAUCACCACCCUGGUUGUCGCCCUGGGCUUCCUGACCUUCAUCUGGGUGUGGAUGUUUCUGUGCACGGCCGUCUAUUUCCACGACUUGAUCCAGAAAGUGUUCGGCACCAUGUUUGGCUUGUUGGGCUGGUACGGGACAUACGGCUACUGGUAUCUGAAGUCUUUCUCUCCCGGGCUUCCUCCCCAGAGCUCCAGUUUGACUUUGAAGCAAGAUACUUACAAGAAAUGAAAGAGAGGGACAUAGGGACAGGAGGACAAUGGCUAAUAGAAUCCUCACCUACUUUGUCCAGUGACUGGCUGAAUUAUCCAUCCCAUUCCAGAGAGAGCCUUUUCUAGGUACCUUUGGAGUGGGGGACGUCUGGGGAACAAGUUUAGUCCUCAGACUCUGCUGGUGGUGCCACCAUGUUCCCAACAGCGCUAUUCCUGUUGGAUUCUUCUCAUCUCUGGCAAGAUGUGACCUUAAUCUGUUCCCAGAGGGAGGGCGAAGGCUCGGCAGAGGGUCUAGUGGACAGCCUCAUCAUGUGGGUCAAGGGAAAACCAGGGUUUCAGGGCUCUCUGCUGUGGCCUCCCUGGCUCUUCUUCUCUUUAGAGUCUAGCGGCCACAGUAAUGCUGUUCAUUUAACAGCAUUUCCCCGUGGCUGACUCUGAGAUAAGCAUUUGUCUCUGGCAGGUUCUUUAGUAAAUACCCCAGUGUCUAAAGGACACUUUCUGGCUGUAGCAUCCAGUCCUCUGCCUGGAACCUGGCGGUGAUUCCCAACAGGGGUCCACGACCCUGCAGUGCCUGGAUGAUUGUUGGUGGUGGUAAUUUUGUUUCUCUGUGUAGCCCUGUGUGUCCUGGAACUCGCUCUAUAGAUCAGGCUGAUCUCAAACUCAGAGGUCGGCCUGUGCCUGCCUCCCGAGUGCUGGAUUUAGGUGCACACUGCCUCGGCACGCUCGGAUGUUUUCUGUUUUGUUUUUUUUGUUUUUGUUUUUGUUUUUUUCUGUCCACACUGUGUAUCGUCCAUUAUGUGUUGGUUUUUGGAGUGGUAACAGAAAACCCCAUUUUCUCCCUUCUCUCCUGAGUGAGUGCUCUCUGGUUUUAAUCAUUACGACGCCAUUUGUUCUUUGUUGGCAAAUCCCCGGCCCUACACCUUGACAUGUGAAGACUGUUUGGAGGGGUUUUUGUUUUUUAGAACACUAACUUUUUCUAAGACAAAUUCUUGGCUUGUUGUAUUAAAUCCCACCUCAUCGGAUUGUUCCUCUCUUAGGAAUACAACUGGAGCCAGGAGGCGUGGUGCUGCGUGCCUUUAAUCCUAGCACCAGGAAGGCAGAGGCAGGCAGAUCUCUGUGAGUUUGAGGUUACCCUGCCAGGGGUGCUCUGUGAGAUCCUGACUCAAAAAAAAAAAAGAGGGGUUGGGGAUUUAGCUCAGUGGUAGAGCGUUUGCCUAGCAAACGCAAGGCCCUGGGUUCGGUCCCCAGCUCCGAAAAAAAAAAAAAAAAAAAAAGAAAGACAGACUAAAACUGAACAGCAGACUUUUAUUACUUGAUGCAUUUUAAGCUGAGAGAGUGAUUCAGUCAAGUGCUCAUUUGGCUAAGUCUUUCCUGCCCACUGACCGGUGAUAGAGGCAGAAUUGGGUUUGGGGACCUCAUAGGACCAUAGGACAAGGGCCACAGCCUAAGGGAUUCUUACCUUUGGAGGUUAUGAUCAUUUAGAAGUGAGAUAAAAUGUCUCCCUCUGACGCAGGAAGCCAGCUGGCAUACAAAGCCACCCAUGUUACAUAGCGCCAUGACUUUGGCCCCACCUCUUCUUCCUCAUCUCACCAAAAGAACAACCUUAGGAGGCAGCGUUCAGUGGCCAUGAGAGUCUUUCUUUGCAGCUCUUCCUGGCUGCUAGCCAUCUCGUUCUGUCGCCUUCACCGUGACUGUCAGGAUAAGAAGCCCUUUCACCCACAUCCUACGUGGCAGGCCUCCAGUCUGAUGAGAGGGCCCUUUCCUCUCCUGGGUAAUCUCCUUACGCCUGUCACAGCUGAGCCCCUGGCCUUUUGGAUGAUGAUCCUUGAAGCUGCCUUGGUGCCUCCUCCCCAGCAGAGCUGGCUAAUGAUGUUAACUGAUAAGCUUUGGCCUGACUGGCCUGACUGAAGCUCGGGUUGGUAGGCACCUGGUAAAUUAAGAGUAAUCGCUUUCUUUUUUUAAAUUUUAGUAUUUUUUUAAAUUUUGAAUUAUUUAAUCUUUUGAGCCAGGGUCUUACUAUGCAGCCCUGACUGAUCUGGAACUCACUAUGUAGACCAGGCUGGUCUCAAACUCACAGAGUUCUACCUGCCUGCCUCUGUUUCCUAAGUGCUGGGAUAAAAGGUAUACUAAGAUUAAAGCCACCAAAUCUGGCUACUGAGUAAUUUUUUUAAAUAUAAUAAUCUAUUUAAAAUAUGUAUUUUAGGGGUUGGGGAUUUAGCUCAGUGGUAGAGCGCUUGCCUAGCAAACGCAAUGCCCUGGGUUCUGUCCCCAGCUCCGAAAAAAAGAAAAAAAAUAUGUAUUUUAUAUCCUGUUGAGCUACAGAUGUCAACUUGACCCAUUACUAUUUAAGAUGUGAGAUGUUGUCACAAAGGGCACGAAAGGGAGGCAGUAAGGAGUCACCACGAUGCUUUGCUGAGUUGACAGUGGUCUAAAAGGAUGUUUGACCUUCUGGGAGUUUCCACCGUCUCUCCAGGGUAGGAAUGGGCCUGGGGAUGAUGGGGCUGGUCCCUGGGUAAAGUCUCUCUUUAACAACAGAAGGGACAGGAUGCGGCCAAAAGCUCAUUGUCACAGAGGCUCCAGGCAGUAUUCUUUUUUUUUUUUUUUUUUUUUUUUUUUUUGUGGUUCUUUUUUUCGGAGCUGGGGACCGAACCCAGGGCCUUGUGCUUCCUAGGCAAGCGCUCUACCACUGAGCUAAAUCCCCAGCCCCUCCAGGCAGUAUUCUUGUGUGGUCUGACCAGGUUUAACAUUAAAUUGGCAACACAUGGGAACUCUCAGUUGCUCAGCGUUCUCUACAUGUUUGAUGGAUUCAAUCACACGUGCUUACACUUGAUGCUCUACCCUUCCUGCUCUGGGUGGGGUGGUGGGGUGGAGCCAAGGGUUCUGUGCAUGCUGGGCAAGCCCUCUAUCCCUGAGCUACACCACAAGUUCCUCAGCGCCCUUGCCUUCUCAGGAGCGUGCCUUCCCUCCUGUGUGAGGAAGCAUGGCAUGGGUGAGUGUUUGGGCUUGGGCAGUCAUGAGGUGUGAAUGUUAGCAUCACCCCCAGAGCACCUGAGCAGUGCAAGCCUUGUUGGCCUUGUCUGCAAAGCAGCGGCCAUUCUCUCAGUACCUAAAGGAGAUGGCGUGUAGGAUGCUGAGCGUGUGCUGCUAGGUUAUCUCCCCAGCUUCCUCCUGACAGCAUUUAGAGCGUUCUGGCUCCUUCAGAGAAAGUCGAGAAACCAGUAUCUUCUGAGGAGACACUCAGAGCCUGGGUCGCUCAUGUCAUCUUUCAAAGUGUCUGUCGUCCCUUGGUGGUGGCCAACCCGAGGCUUUGGGAGCAUCUGACUGGAGUCACUCCAUGCAUUCUUCUUCACCAGCUUCCGUGCGCAUCCGUUACCGUCUGGGUACCAGCUUGUAGUUAGGGAAUACCUCAUGCCACUGUCACCUACGCACAGUCCACGUGUAAACAAGCAAAUUAAAAAGCACUUGAGGUAUGGAGUCCACAUUCCAGAGUUUGGUGUGUUCCUUUCUGUAUGUUUUUAAUUUAAAAUUUUAACUUCAACUUUUAAAAGGUGUGUGUGUAUCUG